UGGAAUAUAUGGAGACAUACACACAGUGAAAAUGGGCGAAAGAUACAAUAUUCACAGUCAAUUAGAGCAUUUACAGAGUAAGUACAUCGGUACAGGACAUGCGGACACAACAAAAUACGAAUGGUUGACGAAUCAACACCGUGACUCGUGUUGCAGUUAUAUGGGACAUCCAGACCUUCUGAGCUACUUUGCAAUUGUUGAAAAUGAAUCAAAGGCACGUGUGAAAUUCAAUCUCAUGGAGAGAAUGCUGCAGCCGUGUGGUCCACCGCCAGAAAAGCCGGAAGAUUAAUUAGUUUAAUUCCGUAUAUUUAACAAUAGUUAACCGUUUGUAGACAGAGGUGCGUUCAUGUGAAUCAAUGAUUUUAUAAAACUAGUUUCCUUUGCUUACAAUUUCCCUGGUUUGAUCUAAGCCUAUUGUGUGUAUGAAUAAUAAAUAAAAAAAUCACAAGUUAUUUUUGUCACAGAAUGUCUGUUAGCAAUGCAUACAAUAAUCCUGCCUCCUAGAGAACUGUCUAUCUCCCGAAAAACUUUAUGGAAUGAUGCAAUAUAACAUAAUUUAUGUGCAUUGUGGCAAAAGGUGGUUAUUGCAUUAAACUGCUGACAAUCCCACUAACAAUAAUACUCAUCCAUGAAUUGUCAUAAUUAGAUUUGGUAUGGACUUAUUUUUGUGUACUCGAGCCAUAAUAGCAACUACUUUAAUUUCAAUCAAUAAAAAGUUGCAUAAUUUUUUUUUAUAAUCUAUUUUUUUAUUGAGGUUUUAGCCACCUUGGGAGACUAUACCAGCCUCAUGGGAGGAAGACUGGGUUCCCUACUCAAGGGACAUGUUCAAAAACUUGUACAAGUUUAGAGCGCCAAGACAUACAGGCCCUCUGAGCCAACAAUUAAUUUGUCCAUUGCAUAAACUUACAUCCCCAAACAUUGUACGUCUCAGGAAUAUGUUACGGUCACAUUCCACCAAUACAUGAUACAGAUCCUCUAUUAUAUUGCAAGUACUGCACAAUGGGGAUGGUUUAAAACCCAUCAUAUGAAAGAAUUUAUUAGUUGGAAUGUGACCAGAAUGCAGUCUAAAAGCCGAUACAAGAUAUUUCUUUGCUAUAUUGACAGAAUCAAACCAGGGUACCCACUGUGGAUUACUCUGUAUGGUUCUGUACCAUAUUCCAAGGCCUUUAUCCAACAACUGUUCUCUGAAAUGAUAUUCCCAUUUUUCUAAGGUCUUUUCUUAAUUAGUGGAAUAAUGUCGGUGGCAUAAGGCCUACAAUCGAGUUCAGUACCAUUUUCAGCAGCUGAUUUUGCAAGGAAGUCAACUUCUUCGUUUCCGCGCAAUCCUACAUGGGAGGGAAUCCAUUGGAGCCUUAAACUGCACACUUCUGCGGUGUAUGUUGUGGAUCAACUGGAGAGCCUCAUAGGCUAUUGGCAUACCUCAAUGACCCGAGACACGCCGAGCCAAGUGCUGCAGAGCACUCUUUGAGUUAGUUAGACUAACAACUGACUGCUCAUUUGACAAUUGAUCCACUACAUACUGUAACGCUUCUUUGAUGGCAAUAAUCUCUGCUCUCAUAACGCAUGUCAUUGUGUGCCCUCCAUAUGUAAGUUGCAUUAGACUGAGCAUCCAGAAGGGCAGCUCCAACACCACGAACCGACUUAGAACCGUCUGUAUAUGUAUAUCUCAUAGAAACAAGUGAAUUAAUGAAGGCUAGGUCAGAUGGUAGGAAAGGUUUUUACUUGUGUUAGUGUUUGUUUCGAAUAUAUUAGAUAUACAGGUGAUAGUUUUCGAGAAAAUUAAGCUGGAAAAAGUUGUUCUUGUUUGUACAAUGCUCUCCUAAGAAUUUGUGUGUAAGAUUCUUUACUUAGAAGGGAUGAAUUAGCACACCCGCUAACAACUUGAGUAUAAUACUAAUUUUUUUCAA